AUGAAUGCUGUAUUACAAGGAUUGUUUCAUGUUGAGGCCUUCAAAGCUCUGUUAAAUAUCGUGCCAGAAUCAUCACAAGGCACCAUCCUCAGCGCUUUAAAAGCACUUCGGAAAAAUUACCAAAAAGCAACCAAUGCAAAGAAGCGGUGUUUGCUGGAAAAUGUUUUUAAAUUUCUUGACGACGAGCGAUUUGAAAUGAGUGAACAGGAGGCAGCGUAUUCGAUUUUUGAUUUGCAAAAAAAAAAAAUUCAAACUAUGAUUUUUCGCAUGCUAGGUUUCGGUGAAGCCGAAGAAGAGGAGGGUAAUAUUUCUGGUAAUAGUCAGCAGUACUUGAGUUUAAAAGAGUGUAUUGCAGGAUGCACAGGAGUUUUUAACCAUUAUACUGGAUAA